AUGGAAGUGAGCAGGGGUUACAGGCAGAAGAGGUGGAGUAAGAGACUAAGAGGGGCUUGGCCGGACAAGAGUGAAGAGCACUGGAAAGGGAUGCUCUUGUCCACGCCACACCUCACUCACCACAUCCCUUUCCCCUCCUCCCCAAAUGCUUCUGGGUGGUGGCAUUGGCGGCGGGGCUGGCAGGACUGGACGGCGAAGCUGAGCGACUUUGGGAUGUGCAAGGAGCAGGAGGCGGGCAAGUCGCACGUGUCCACGCGGGUCAUGGGAACUCUGGGAUACCUCGACCCUGACUACAUGGAAACAGGACUGCUGCGGCAGAGUUCAGACGUGUACGCCUUUGGGGUGUUUCUGCUGGAGCUGAUCACGGGCAAGCGCGCGGUCUCAGACACGGGGCAGCCGCUCACCAGCUGGGUGUUCCCGCUGCUGGACCAGAAGAAGCCCGAGAUCGACCUGCUGAUUGACUCGGCGCUGGAGAGCAGCUUUGACCGCGACAGCGCGCUCAAGAUCGCCGUGAUUGCCAAGUUCUGCAUCGGGGAGGAGGAGCUGCGCCCCGAGAUGACCGCCGUCGCUGAGAGGCUCAAGAAGCUCGUCGCCUCGUGA